GUAACCUAUUCUACCAGCACAUUGAGCUAAGUUUCUAACAAGCGACUGUCUUGUUAAAAUAAAAAUAUUCGUGUUUAUUUUUUUUUAAUCUUUCUUUAUAUUUUCAAAGGCAGAAUACUGACCGCACUGUUUGUGGUUCCUGCUUCGUGUGACGUCACACACCAAGACAUGCUGGUUUUUAAUCUGCUCCAUCUGUGGCAGAUAGGAGGGGAGGAAGGAAGGAAGCACUUGCACUGACAAGCCUGAUAUAUUUUUUACCUGUCUUUCAAAAAAAAUGAAGAGCACGUUAAUAUUUCUGCUGCAUGCCAGCUCUUUCUGCUGGCUGGUCGGGGCCACUCUGUCUAAAACAGAUGCAAAGAAGUUGCAGAAAGUUGAAGCUCAGGUCUCUCCAGCUGAAUUGUCUGUGGUGGACAGAGGCCUUGUUGUGGCAGAUGUUCAGUGGAAGGACAUAGUGAGGGAAGAAAAGAGAUACUGUGCUCAUAUUAAGAAGACAUUUGAAGGAGCAGUGAUGGGAUAUAUCACUCCUUGGAAUUCCCACGGCUAUGAUAUUGCUAAGCAGUUUGGCCCCAAGCUGUCACUGGUCUCUCCAGUUUGGCUUCAGGUGCGCCGCCGAGCUCCUGGGACAUUUGACAUCACAGGACUUCAUGAUCACGAUGCUGGUUGGGUCAAAGCUGUACGCAAGUCAAACAAAAAAGUCCGGAUGGUGCCCCGAGUGUUAUUUGACGGCUGGUCCUACCAGGAUUACAUAAGCGUGUUUGGGAGUGAAGAUGAGAUUGAGGAGCUGUCGGGUGAACUGGUGGAUGUUGCAAAGACCGAAGGAUUCGAUGGAUUUACCCUGGAGCUUUGGAGUCAGCUGGGGGGAAACAAAAGAAAGGAACUUGUUCAUUUAGUGAAACACAUUUGUGAGACUUUGAAAGCUAAAAAGUUGGACUGCAUUCUAGUUAUUCCUCCAGCUGUGACAAGUACAGGGCAGUCAGGGAUGUUUGGCAGGGAGGAGUUUGAGGAGUUGGCUCCAGUUGUUGAUGCAUUCAGCCUAAUGACCUAUGACUACUCCAGUGGACCCAAGCCGGGUCCAAGCUCACCCCUGCCCUGGAUCAGAGAUUGUGUUCUGCAGCUUUCACCAAACACUCAGUGGAGACAAAAGAUCCUGCUUGGAGUUAAUUUGUAUGGCCUUGAUUUCUCGAGCCACGGGGCAGAGCCCGUCCUCGGUGGGAGGUACAUUGAGAUUUUGCGAGAAAACAGACCAAAGAUGGUUUGGGAUGAAAUCUCUGCAGAACAUCACUUCAGUUACAAAAGAAGCAGUUCUGUAAAGCACGUGGUAUACUACCCUUCACUGAAGUCCCUCCACAUGAGGAUCUCUUUGGCUACCGAACUGGGAACAGGAAUUUCUUUAUGGGAAAUGGGACAAGGACUGGAUUAUUUCUAUGAUCUGCUUUAAGCAUCAGACUUUUUGAUAAAGAAAAUUGUGAACUACCAUUUUUGCUGUGUGAAUUUUUCCCCCUUUUGAUUUGAGGGUCAUGAAAAUGUGAACGUUUGUCAAAAAAAUUGAUUUUUGUUUUUAAAAAAAAAAUCUUAAAGCAAAUAUUGAUUCGUCAGAUUGGUUUCCGUUGUGUUCAUUUAUAAAUCUGUGAUUUGUGCAUUUCAGAGAGCAUGGUUCAUGAUGAUCAGGACUUUUAGCAACUACAGUAUUCUGGAAAAGUCUUCACACCCAUUACUGAAUUUUAGCCAUGAAUACUGUUUUCUUUAAAAAGACUAAA